AUGUCCUGGCAAGCAUACGUAGACAACAACCUCGUCGGCACCAAGAAAGUAACUCAGGCCGCGAUCUUGGGAAAAGCUGGAGGUGUAUGGGCUAAAUCCUCAGACAUCACGAUCUCCCCAGAGGAGCAGAAGGCGAUCACUGCUGCGUUCACGAACAAAGCUGCAGUUCAGGCCUCUGGCUUCCGUAUCGCUAAUCAGAAAUACAUCUUCUUAUCGUCGGAUACCUACGGAGAUGAUCCGGAUCUUAUUGUGGUUCAGGGCAAGAAACAGACCGAUGGUGCUGUACUAGCGCAAACGAAACAAGCUAUCCUCGUCGUUACAUACAUUUAUCCUCAAACAGCUCAAGACGCAGGCCUGUUAGUCACCAAUCUUGGAGCAUACCUCGCUAGCCAGCGUUACUAG